AUGGCCGAAAAUCCUACCUGCCCCGUCGAGGAAUUCACCCGCACGAUAUUUGACUAUGUCAUCUGCGGCGGCGGGACUGCAGGACUCGUCCUCGCAGCACGCCUCAGUGAGAACCCUGAUAUAACCGUGGGUGUUAUUGAGGCGGGCAAGUAUCUCAUUGGAGAUCCGUUGGUUGAUACUCCUGCUACAUUUUCACAAAUGUUUGAGAAUCCUGAGUAUGAUUGGUGUAUGUAUACAACACCACAGGAAGGCAAUCGUGGCCUGACCCACCAUAUCCCACGAGGAAAGCUCCUCGGUGGAUCCAGCGGCAUCAAUUAUAUGAUGUACGUGCGAGGAUCCACGCAAGACUAUGACGACUGGGCGGAGAUAUUAGAGGACGAUGGGUGGUCCGGAAAGUAUAUGCAGCAAUAUAUGCGAAAGCAUCAGACUCUCGAGCCAAUCGACGAAUCCAUCACCGAUCGCUCUACAAUGCCAUUAGUAGGCGAAUUCCACGGCACCAGUGGGCCCGUCCGCACCGGCUUCAAUGAUACAAUCCCACCAGUAGAGAAUGACAUUAUCAAAGCCUGUGAGGACGUAACCGGCAUCACGAGCAAGCCCAUCGACCCAUGGAGCGGAGAUCACAUCGGCUUCUACCACACACUCGGCGCAGUGGCCCGUACCGGUCCGAACAAGGGCAAACGCAGCUACGCCGCACGGGGAUACUAUGAGGCGAACCGUGCGACUCGUCCGAACCUAAAAGUCCUCUGUGAAGCCCUCGUCAACCGUGUCGUACUGGACGGUAACAAAGCCACCGGCGUAAGCCUCACACACGACGGAGUGGAGUACCAAGUUUCUGCACGGCGCGAGGUAAUUGUCAGCGGUGGGACACUCAAGUCCCCCCAGAUCCUCGAGCUAUCGGGAAUCGGCGACCCGGAGAUCCUCAAAGCCGCAGGUGUCGAGUGCAAGGUCGCCAAUAGCGGCAUCGGCGCAAAUGUUCUAGACCACGCCAUCACCCUCAGCGUGUUAGAUGUUCACCCCGGCGUUGUCACUCUUGACACUCUGUCCCAAGUGCCUGAGGCAAUGGAAGCUGCCGGCAAGCAGUAUGCCGAAACCAGCGGUGGGCCACUCAGCUCUAUAUGCAGUAUGCAGGGCUUCUUCCCAGCGAAGAAAAUCCUCUCCGAGACAGAGUUGGCCGAUAUCAUCCAGAGCAUUCGUGAUAUCAAACCGACUAGCGCGUUCCACGCGAAACAGCUCGCGCAGACUAUUGCACACCUGGAGAGUGACCACUCUGCCAAUAUGCAGCUUGUUACCGUGACAGCUUCCAUGGAUCCGCAAGCCAUAGGUCAUCAAGCAAAGAUAAUUGAACCGCGUUCAGCUGAUCAGCUGGCUGGUUUGACCUUGGCGCUUUGUAUCCAGUACCCUGUGGCUAGAGGAACUAUCCAUAUUGAGAGUGCAGACCCAACCAAACCCCCUGUCAUCAACCCCAACUACGGCGGCCACCCAGCCGACAUCUCCCUUCUGGCGGCGUUCCUGCGCUGGGGCGAUAAAGUCGCCGAAUCAAAGCACUUGGAGUCUUCCAUCCUGCAGCGCAGGUACCCUGAGCCCAGUGUCAACUUGCAGGAUAUGGAUGCGGCCCGACAAGCAGUGCAUGAUCUCGUUGCUGGUGAGUACCAUAUUAGCGGGUCUGUUGCUAUGGGUGAUGCGUUGGAUAGUAGACUGAGGGUGAAGGGUGUCGAGGGACUGCGUGUUGCGGAUGCAUCAGUGUUCCCAAACAAUGUUUCUGGCAAUAUUGCUAGUAGCGUUUACGCUGUUGCGGAGAAAGCAGCGGAUUUGAUUCGCGAGGAUUGGGAUUUUAGGGCUGGUAAGGCGACUAUGACCUAG